AUGGAAGAGCGCCCGGACCCUAGCAGCCUGCGCGACUCGGCCCCCCCGCCGGCCGGCAGCAGCUGCGGCAGCGGCAGCGACGGCGAGGGCGCGGCGGUGUCCCCCGGGCCGGCGCCCCCCUCGCCGGCCGCGCCCUGCCUGCUCUCGCUGCCCCUCCACCGGCCCCACCACCCGCCGCCCCACCACCACCCCCCGCCGCCGCCCCCGCCGCCCCAGCAGCCGCCGCCGCCCCCGCCGCCGCUCCAUCGCACCACCAACUUUUUCAUCGACGACAUCCUGAGGCCGGACUUUGGCUGCAAGAAAGAGCAGCUGCUGCUCCUCGCCGGGACGACGGGAGGAGGAGGAGGGGGAGGCGGAGGGGGCCGGGACCGAGCCCUGGAUCGCGGGGCCAGCUCAGGUAGAGAAAACGUCAACCCUCUGCUCGCCAGGCCCCCCAACCCGGCCUCCGCCUCGCCCGGGGGGCCCCCCGACGGCUCCUCCACCGCCUCCAAAGCGAGCCCCGCCGCGGCGGCGGCGGCGGUAGGGACGGCCAAGCCCCCCUCCUCCUCCUCCUCCUCCUCCUCUUCCUCCUCCUCCUCCUCUUCCUCCUCCUGCUCGGAAGGGAGCGGACCCCACCCGGCGAAGUACGGGGAGCGCGCCAGCCCCGCCAUCCUGCUCAUGGGCUCCAGUAAUGGAGGAGCGGUUGCGAAGAGCGACUGCCAACAGCCGCUGGUAUGGCCGGCCUGGGUGUACUGCACUAGGUAUUCAGACAGACCGUCCUCGGGUCCCCGCACGAGGAAGCUGAAGAAGAAGAAGAACGAGAAGGAGGACAAGCGGCCGCGGACGGCCUUCACGGCCGAGCAGCUGCAGAGACUCAAGGCGGAGUUCCAGGCCAACCGCUACAUCACCGAGCAGCGGCGCCAGACCCUGGCCCAGGAGCUCAGCCUCAACGAGUCGCAGAUCAAGAUCUGGUUCCAGAACAAGCGGGCCAAGAUCAAGAAGGCCACCGGCAUCAAGAACGGCCUGGCCCUCCACCUCAUGGCCCAGGGACUCUACAACCAUUCCACCACCACCGUCCAGGACAAAGAGGAGAGCGAGUGACAGCUGCCCACCCCCACCC